AUUGCUGGAUUUUGAAAACACUAGUGAUUUUUAAUUGAUUGGAUCCAAGUCAAGACUAGCAACUUCUGGUUAGGGAAAUGAAAUUUAUAUUUUAUUACCUGGAAUCAUCUACAAGAAAUUAAAAACUUACACCAGCUGCUUCCCUGCGCUACUUCAAUAAGUGCAGAUCCAAUAUGUCCUCUCGCUGCUCGCUUCUACCAUCAGUCCUAAAAAUGUCAAAACGCAAUUCCAUUGCCAAUCUCUCUCUGCCCUUUAUCUUUACAUUUCUGGAACUGUUGCUUGGAGUGGUUGAUUCAAGGACCUGCCCUGGAGACAUUCGAGUGCUCAAGGAUCUAAAGAAUGGGCUGGACUCCAAGUCCGUAGCUCCUGGAUCUUGCCUAAGCUCUUGGGACUUCUCAUUCGACCCAUGCGAUCACAUCUUCAGCGACAAAUUCACAUGCGGUCUAAGGUGCGACCGUGUUGUCUCCGGCUCAUUUCGAGUCACCGAGAUCACCUUCGACCCCGUGGGUUACUCUGGUUCGCUUUCUUCUGUCUCUUGGGACCUCCCUUACUUACAAACCCUUGAUAUAUCUGACAAUGCAUUCUCUGGCUCAGUCCCUGACUCUCUGGCCAAGCUCACUCGCCUUCGUCGGCUGAGUCUCUCCAAGAACUCUCUCUCCGGCAAGUUACCUGUCUCGCUUGGGUCUCUCUCCCACCUCGAAGAGCUCUAUCUUGAUGGCAAUCAUCUCCAAGGACCUCUACCAUCAAGCUUCAAUUCUCUUGUAAACUUAAAAAGACUCGAAAUCCAAGAAAACAAUUUCUCCGGUGAGUUUCCUGAUCUGCGCUCCCUAAAAGACUUGUACAUUCUCGAUGCUAGCGAUAACCAAUUCUCUGAGCAAGUUCCUUCCGCAUUGCCAAUGUCUCUUGUCGAGCUGUCGAUGCGAAACAACGACUUAAAAGGAAAUCUACCCGAUAAUGUGGGCGAUUUGGAGUAUUUACAGGUUUUAGAUCUCAGCCACAACCAAUUAUCUGGGCCUAUAUUAUCAGUUUUGUUUGACCACCCAUCUCUUCAACAACUUACUCUCUCCUACAACAACUUCACAUUCUUGCAAACGCCAGGAACAAUGGGUUUCACAAGUAAACUAAUAGCUCUCGAUUUAAGCAAUAAUGAUCUUCGAGGUCUCUUGCCAGCUUUCCUUGGUUCGAUGCCAAAGUUGUCUGCUUUAAGUUUAGAGCACAACAUGUUUACAGGAAUGAUACCUACCCAGUAUGCUCUGAAAGCGGCUGUUCCCAGGGCUCAUACGUCGUCGUUUGAGAGGCUGUUAUUGGGGGGGAACUACUUGUUCGGUCCUAUCCCGAGUCCACUGAUGGGUCUAAAGCCGGGUUCAGCUAAUGUUAGCCUGGUGGAUAAUUGUUUAUACAGGUGCCCUGACACCUUUUUCUUUUGCCAAGGUGGAGAUCAGAAAUCGUUAGUAGUUUGUAAGAGCUUCGGCCCUUCAAUUCCUUAAAUAACAUAAACCCAAACCAGAUUUGUAAUGUAUCAUAUGAUAAUUUCUCUUUU